UUCUACAUAUGCCGGUUAAAACUACAUUUAAUUUCAUUCACUUUGCCUCCAUCAAUUUAAAUUCAGUUAAUUCAAAUAUCUAGUUCAUUUUCACCAUCUUCUCUUCAUUCACCAGAAUAAGUAGACACGUGCCUAAUUGAUAGUACAUAAAAUGUCGAAAAACGACGGGUUUUCGAAAAAUGGGACGCGACACAUUUUGCAAGAUCUACUUUCCUCCACGGUCCGACUGCAAAGGACAGAUUUUAUUCCCGUAUCGCAAACCCGACACGAGCACAACGCUAUUCCGGUGAAAAUUGAGGGGGAUAAUUCAUCCCCAGAAUUAAGGUCGACCUGUUCGAUCUGCUCCGAAUCUACAAAUCUGAGUCCUCUCGCCCUCCAAGAAAUGGAAAUUCUGGCCAAAUUCGUUCUAAGUCAGGAGCAAAUUUCUCUCAUUUUAAAAACUGAAGAUCAUCCUCCAAUAUUUUGUUGCAAAAUAUGUUCCUCCGUGAUCCUCUCGUUGGCCAAGUUGACCACGAAGAUUGAAAAUAUUACCAUUUCUCUCCGGGCCGUGAUUUCCAGCAGGAACGGACUGUUUAAUAAAUUGCGGAAUCAAUCCAAAAUCAGUGAAGUGUGUCAUCAAAUAGCUGCUAAAAGUGAAUGUCACAAGGUUUCUAACGAUGAUGAUCAGCAAUUAACUAAAUGUUGAAUAUUUUCUGACCAAAGGUAUGUAUUGAAAAAAUUCGAAAUUUCAAAAAAGUUGAGUUUGCUAUUGGAUAUGACAGAGCAACUAUCUGGGAUGACAAAAAUGUAAAUUUCUUGAAAA